UGUUUCUCAACACUCUCACCAUUUCAUCAGAACAUUAUAACCAACCUUUGUGGCUCACCCAAGUGCAGGAUGUGGCCAACAAGGUGCUGCUAGCCCUGUUCACAUGUGAAAUGUUGGUGAAGAUGUACAGUCUAGGGCUACAGGCCUAUUUUGUUUCCCUGUUCAACCGCUUUGAUUGCUUCGUGGUGUGCGGAGGAAUCACUGAGACCAUUCUGGUUGAGCUGGAAAUAAUGUCUCCUCUCGGGAUUUCCGUGUUUCGCUGCGUCCGCCUGCUGAGAAUCUUCAAGGUCACACGACACUGGCAGUCUCUGAGUAACCUGGUAGCAUCUCUGCUCAACUCCAUGAAGUCCAUUGCUUCCUUGCUGCUGCUGCUCUUCCUCUUCAUCAUCAUUUUCUCACUGCUGGGCAUGCAAGUGUUUGGUGGAAAAUUCAACUUUGACGAAACCCAGACAAAGAGGAGUACCUUUGACAACUUCCCCCAAGCCCUUCUCACUGUCUUUCAAAUCCUGACUGGAGAAGACUGGAAUGCCGUGAUGUAUGAUGGGAUCAUGGCAUACGGGGGCCCCUCCUCUUCUGGCAUGGUUGUGUGUUUUUACUUCAUCAUCCUCUUCAUUUGUGGAAACUAUAUCCUCCUGAAUGUCUUCUUGGCUAUUGCUGUGGACAACUUAGCAGAUGCAGAGUCUCUCAACACAGAUGAAGGAGACAAAAAAGGAGACAAAAAGGACGAUGAAAAGGAUGAGAAGGAUGAGGAGGAGGACAUCGAUGACAACGCAGGGGAAGAGGAAGACCCAGAGGUUCCAUCUGGGCCUCGGCCGGCCAUUUCUGAACUGGUAAAGAAAGAGAAGAUCACUCCUAUCCCUGAAGGAAGUGCCUUCUUCAUCUUCAGCACCACAAACCCGGUCCGUGUGUUUUGCCACCAACUCAUCAAUCAUCACAUAUUCACCAACCUCAUCCUGGUGUUCAUCAUGCUCAGCUCUGUCUCACUUGCUGCUGAGGAUCCUAUCAGAAACUUCUCAGCCCGCAACAUUGUCCUAGGCUAUGCAGAUUAUGUCUUCACUAGUAUGUUUACAUUUGAGAUCAUAUUGAAGAUGACAACGUAUGGAGCUUUUCUCCAUAAAGGAGCAUUCUGCAGGAAUUACUUUAAUCUCCUGGAUCUGUUGGUGGUGGGAGUUUCUCUUGUCUCCUUUGGCAUUCAGUCCUCGGCCAUCUCUGUCGUAAAGAUUCUUCGAGUCCUUCGAGUGCUUCGACCCCUGAGGGCCAUAAAUAGGGCCAAAGGCUUAAAGCACGUUGUGCAGUGUGUGUUCGUGGCAAUCAGAACAAUUGGUAACAUCAUGAUCGUCACCACUCUGCUUCAGUUCAUGUUUGCCUGUAUAGGGGUGCAGCUAUUCAAGGGAAAAUUCUACCGCUGCACAGAUGAGGCCAAGUCCAGCCCAGAAGAGUGCAAGGGCACCUACAUUGUGUAUAAGGAUGGAGACGUGAACCAGCCAACCAUCCACAGGCGGGUGUGGCACAACAGUGACUUCAAUUUUGACAACGUCCUUAUGGCGAUGAUGGCUCUGUUCACUGUGUCCACUUUUGAAGGCUGGCCUGCGUUAUUAUACAAAGCCAUUGACUCCAACAGAGAGAACCUCGGCCCCAUUUACAACUACCGUGUGGAAAUUUCCAUCUUCUUUAUCAUCUACAUCAUCAUCAUUGCUUUCUUUAUGAUGAACAUAUUUGUAGGUUUUGUGAUCGUCACAUUUCAGGAGCAGGGAGAGAAAGAAUACAAAAACUGUGAAUUAGACAAGAACCAGCGUCAGUGUGUGGAGUAUGCUCUUAAGGCACAUCCUUUGAGGAGGUACAUUCCUAAGAACCCAUACCAGUACAAGUUUUGGUAUGUGGUGAACUCCACUGGCUUUGAGUACAUCAUGUUUGUGCUCAUUAUGCUAAACACACUCUGCUUGGCUGUACAGCACUACAGCCAAUCAGCGCUUUUUAGCUAUGUAAUGGACAUUCUCAAUAUGGUUUUCACUGCUGUAUUCACUGUGGAAAUGUUUCUCAAACUCAUCGCUUUCAAACCCAGGCACUAUUUUGCUGAUGCUUGGAACACAUUUGAUGCCUUAAUUGUUGUUGGUAGCGUCGUCGAUAUUGCUAUCACUGAAGUUAAUCCAACGGAGACUCCUCAGGUGGAUGAAUUGGGGAACACAGAGGACAGUGCUCGCAUCUCCAUCACCUUCUUUCGUCUGUUUCGAGUCAUGAGGCUGGUCAAACUUCUUAGCAGAGGGGAGGGCAUCCGCACCCUUCUGUGGACUUUCAUCAAAUCCUUCCAGGCCCUGCCGUACGUUGCGCUCCUGAUAGCCAUGUUGUUCUUCAUCUACGCAGUCAUCGGGAUGCAGGUGUUUGGAAAGAUUGCCAUGGUGGACGGCACGCAGAUUAACAGAAACAACAACUUCCAGACUUUCCCUCAGGCCGUGCUCCUCCUCUUCAGAUGUGCAACUGGUGAAGCAUGGCAAGAGAUUAUGUUGGCCUGCAUGCCAGGGAAACUUUGUGACCCAGAGUCAGACUACAACCCAGGGGAGGAGAUGACGUGUGGCAGUGGAUUUGCUAUUAUUUAUUUCAUUACCUUCUACAUGCUCUGUGCUUUCUUGAUCAUCAAUUUGUUUGUAGCUGUCAUUAUGGACAACUUUGAUUAUCUGACACGUGAUUGGUCCAUUCUUGGCCCUCACCACCUUGAUGAAUUCAAGAGAAUUUGGUCUGAGUAUGAUCCCGAGGCAAAAGGCAGAAUUAAACAUCUGGAUGUUGUGACCCUUCUUCGUCGUAUCCAGCCUCCUCUUGGAUUUGGCAAACUGUGUCCUCACAGAGUGGCUUGCAAGAGGCUGGUAGCCAUGAACAUGCCUCUGAACAGCGAUGGCACCGUAAUGUUUAAUGCCACCUUGUUUGCUCUGGUGCGGACAGCCCUGAAAAUCAAAACAGAAGGUAAUCUAGAGCAGGCCAACGAAGAACUGCGGGCUGUCAUCAAGAAAAUCUGGAAGAGAACCAGCAUGAAGUUGCUGGAUCAAGUAGUGCCUCCUGCUGGUGAUGAUGAGGUAACCGUGGGGAAGUUUUAUGCCACCUUCCUGAUACAGGACUACUUUAGGAAAUUCAAGAAACGUAAAGAGGAAGGCCUGGUGGGUGCACACCCUUCCCAGAACAACACAGCCAUUGCCUUACAGGCUGGCCUUCGCACGCUACAUGAUAUUGGGCCCGAAAUUCGCCGAGCGAUAUCAUGUGAUCUGCAGGAUGACGAACUAGUAGACUUUAUUCCAGAGGAAGACGAGGAAAUUUAUAGGCGUAACGGCGGGCUGUUUGGUAACCACCUCAUGAACGGUGGUCACCGGCGAUCCAACGGGCAUCAAACCAAUGCCACUCAGCGACCUCUGCAGGUGCAGCCUCCGCCUCACUACGCUCACAUGGAGCAGCCGGUGGGGCGCCUAUCUCGAGCCAACGCGAUGUCCCAUCCCAACCACCAUCAUCACCACCACCACCACCACCACCGCCACCACAACUCCUAUGGCAAGUCUCCCAAAUCCACCAACAUCAACCUCAACAAUGCCAAUGUGUCCAGCCUGCCCAAUGGAGGACACCAUCGCUACUACGAACAUGCUCCUCCUAAUGGAUACCCAGGUCUACGCAGCUCCUAUUGUGACUACGACAAGCCGCGGACACCACAGGGUCAAAGGCGCUACUAUGAGACCUAUGUUAGGUCCCACAGAGGGGACGGCCACCACCCCACCAUCCGCAGAGAGGAGGAGUUUGAUGAAGACCGCUUCUCUGGGGAAUAUUACAGCGGGGAAGAGUUUUAUGAAGAUGAUAGCAUGCUGUCAGGAGACAGGUAUCAGAACAGUGAUACGGAGUAUGAAACUCCUAAAGGUUACCAUCAUCCCGACAGUUAUUAUGAUGACGACGAGCAGCCUCUCUACCGUGACUCCCGGAGGUCACCAAAGAGAAGGCUGCUUCCGGCAACACCUCAAGGUAACAGAAGGCCGUCUUUCAACUUUGAGUGUUUGCGCAGACAAAGUAGCCAGGAUGAGCUUCCACAUCAGCGUACUGCUCUACCGCUGCACCUUAUGCAGCAUCAGGUUAUGGCUGUAGCAGGCCUGGACUCCAGCAGAGCCCACCGCCUCUCCCCGACCCGCUCCACCCGCUCCUGGGCCACACCUCCUGCCACCCCAGCCAGCAAAGACCAGUCACCAUACUACACCCCUCUCAUCCGUGUGGACCGCCCCCACAGAGAGAGUGUAGUAGGCAGCCAAGUGUCUGUGCGCAAGAGCUCCUGGUAUACAGAUGAUCCAGAGUUCUCCCAGAGGCCGUACUCACCAGUUCACCUGCAGGUGCCACCUGAGUACCACAACCAGUACCACCAGAAGAGAGGCAGUGCAACCAGCCUUGUAGAAGCAGUCUUGAUAUCAGAGGGGCUUGGAAGAUACGCCAAGGAUCCUAAGUUUGUUGCUGCCACAAAGCAUGAGAUAGCAGAUGCAUGUGAGAUGACAAUAGACGAGAUGGAGAGUGCAGCGAGCCACCUACUGAAUGGAGGGAUGGCCCCAGGAAUUAACGGGGUCAAUGUGUUUCCCCUUCUAACUCCGCGGGACUAUGAACUGCAGGACACCGGGGCCAGCUACAGUGACGAGGAGCCAGAGACAGAACCCAGGGCUCCUUACGAGGAGGACCUGGCAGACGAGAUGAUCUGCAUAACGACUUUAUAGCAGUGGCUGGAGACAAAUACAGAUCAGAACCUUGAUAGACUACAGUUGAGAAAAUUUAAAAAAGAAAUGCAUCCGUUGGCUCUGACCAAAAGAAGUGCCUUUUACACAGAAAGGAAAGGCAUAUAGAAGAAAGACACACAGUAGUAGUCCCGUCUUUAAAUUGUUCUCCACCUGCCAGCAAAGGAGGUCACAGCACAGAGCUAGCUAACAUCCCUGCUGAACACAGAGAGACUGACUUUGCCCUCCUCCAAAGGUCCUUACCUUGAGGUGACAUACAGGUACAGCCUGCUGCCAAUCAGAGGCGAGGACAUUGAUGCCAGUGAAAGUGAAGGACCAGCUGGCAAAGGUGUGAGAUACUCUACAGGAUGGGUUUCUAAGGGUGAUGACAAUCAGAUUUAUGAUGUCAUUACCUCAGUCACUUUAUUAAGGUUUGGCAUAUCAUGCAAGUUUUCAAUGCAAGCAUAGAGAGGCAUAUAUUGUUGUGUAGUUGUUAGAACAACUUGUUCCCUUCUUGUUUAAGCAGAUUGUUUAAAGAUUGCUAAAGCUGAGUGAAAAUGUCAGGGGCACCAAUAGAGUCGUACCAGAUUAUGCAGGAACUAUCUGUCCUACUUAUAGCAUCAUUCAACUUGAGAUGUGUACUUUUGAAGCAACAAAAGCAUUUGUGACAAAUGCACUAGCAGACAGGUUAUUUUAAAAUUUUAGAAUAGCCUGAUUAAUAUUUCCUAGUUGAUAUGCUGUAAAUUGUAUUAUAUAACAAGAGAAACUUUGUAAAGAGAUCUUAUAUAUUUUGUAAUUAUGUAUAAUUUAAAAAUCAGCAAUAUGAAUCCAUGUGACUUCUGUUAUACUAUAAAAGCAGACUUGCAUUAUUUUAUAAGGCACACUGCUGUGAUAUUCAUUUGCCUUUUAUGUUUAGCUAAUAUGCACUUUUUGUUUAACCUAUGAAAACAACAUUUUUAGAGGUUCUGCUUUUGUGACACAUCUGCACAAGAUAUGCAAUUGACUAAUUUCUUAGCAUGGUGUGCACGUGUUAGUGCAUGACACCAACGCCUCUUGCAUAAGGUUGAAACUAAGCUUCUUUAGCAGGCAAACCUCAAGCAUCCAGUGCUUAAACUUUAUACAGAUCUGAUUAACACCUUAGUUUGCAUAUUUUGUGCAGAACAUGCACAGGCAUUUUAAAUGCAUCAUGCAUUAACACUGCUGCUUUUUUUUUCUGAGUUUUACCUAGGUUUCAUCAGCCCCUUCUGAAAUGCCUUUUUUCUGCUGAAAGAACUAAAAGUGAUAGAUGGGAGUAACAGGGAUGAAAUGAUAUUUCUCAAUGAUAAGUUUUUUCAGGAUUUUAGUGACAUACUCUAUCGAUUAUGCCGUUUCAUUAAACCUGUGCAUUUCGCAGUCACAUCCUAGCCUUCAUGUAGUGUGAAGGCUCAGAACUUGCGGUUGCAGGAGACAUACACAGACCCAAAUGUCUAAAACAGUCCAAGUUGUACUUUUGGUGGAAGGACAGAGAGUGCUCUGGUGUCAGGAUUCUUGAGAGAGGCAAAGCAAUACUAACCCCCUGCCCCUUUCUCUCUCAACCUGCCUGGUUCUUGCAUACAGUAUACCUCGUUAGGCAACAGUGACAACAUAUCAUUGUCUCAACCUAUCUCUUUACACAGUGUGGAGUCUGUGAAAGGGAUUAUGUAGGGUUAAGCCUGGAAUAUGUGUUUUUUUUUUGUUUGUUUUGUUUGUUUUUUUUCUGCUAAUAGCUUGAGGUGAAAAAAAAACCCUGGAUUUUUAAAAAUGGAGCAAUUGAAAUCAACAAAAUAACGAAAAACCCUUUUGUUUUUCUCAGUUUUCAUUCAUUUAGCCAACACGUAAGGAUACUGGACUUAUUAAACUGAAGUGAGCUUUUUCAGGCAUCGUUACAGCAAGUUAAAAUGACCACAAAGUAUAUUUAAGAUUAUUGUGAUCUGUUGUUCAUGAGUGUUCGAUUUGUAGGUGAGAGCGUCAUGUACUUUAAUUCAACCGAAUACUGUCAUGAAAAUGUAGGUUUUCCAUUUUGUGUGCACAUUGAAAGGGCUCUUUGAAUUGUUUGUGAGUUUAAAAAAAAUGUGUUGUAGUCCUUUUGUUGAUGACUGUCAUAUAAAAGGACAAAUGCACAUAAAAGGCACAUUGUACUAUUCGUAGCAAUUACAGUACUGAUGAACUGAAGAUAUGCAUCAUUUUGUAAACACUUUUAAAAGUUAUGUUUAACUAAAGAUUAAAGACCUUACUUUUACCUCAUGUCAGGGAUUCCUGAAAAAAAGAAAGAGAAAAUGAUUUGGUUCAGUCUAUACCAAUGGUAUUUAAAUAUUAGCACAUAGCUGUUUGUCUUUGCACAAGUAAAUGUAUAGUGCUUUUGUUUCUCCUUUUUCUAAACAGAUUUGUGUAUUAAGGUGAGACAAUUUUGUACUUUUUGUGACUGUGCGUAUGGUUUAGUGAAAUCUAUAUCUGUCAUUUACACCUCACCUUUCAAUGCUGGGAAUGAAAGGGUAUAAAAAAAAUUUCAAGGUGCACUGUUCCUCUGUUUCGCAGGUUAGGGGAAAAAAAUAAAUGGUUAAGUACCAGUUUACAGAGAAACAUAUUAAUUCAGAUGUUUCUAUUAGUUUUCUUCAUCUUAUUAUUAUUACUAUAACAACUAUUAAUGUUCAGAAAGCUGUAUUAAAAUAGAAGAUAAUGUAAAAUAUGUACAAAUGUAUGGGAAGACCCAUGGUAAUGUUUCUCUACUUGAAAGUUAUGAUAUUUGCUCCUUAAUGUUUUUAUUCAGUAAACAAUUUCUCUUAGUAGCAAAUGCUUUAAUAUAUAUAUAACCCUCUAGAUUUUGUAUCAAUCCAUUUUUUGUAUUUUUCAUUUUAUUUUGGCCUUGACUUUUAUUUAAAUCAAUACAGAUUUUUUUUGUUUUUCUAUCAAUCAUCACUGAAUAAACUUAUGCUGAAUAA